ACGUUCUGAGGUACUGUCAAGUGGUUGUGUACUACAUUUACCAAGUUAUAAUUACCACCUUUCUCCAGUGGGUUCGCCCCUAAUCGCGACUAGUAAUUCCACCGCCGGCGGGUGAGGAAAUGCAUCGGCGUCGAGGCGUCAUCUCCACGGGGAGAAAGUAGCUUGAUGAGUGUCCAAAGUAGUGGAAGUUUGGAGGGGCCGCCAUCUUUGGUCCCAGCUCUCCACGUCCUCAACACGGACCGUGUUUUCAGCAACAUACCACGGCGGUGCUGAAGGCCCUUUAAGGCGCCAUGGAGGAGCUGCACAGCCUGGACCCCCGCAGACAGGAGCUGCUAGAAGCUCGUUUUAUGGGUGGGGUCAGCGGCAGCACUGGUGGCAGCACUGGUAGCACAAGCGGAGGAACCAAAGGUUUGACAAAUAAUGAAUGUUCAAACCACAGUUUUGGAAGCUUGGGAUCUUCAAGUGACAAAGAAUCAGAGGGUUCAGAUGUGAAAAGAGGCGGUUCGCCAGCUUACUCAACUCCAGAGAAGAAGCAGUCUGAAACACCCAGAGGCAGAAAAAGAAAACCUGACAUUCAGUCAGAGAGUAGCCAAGGAAAGACAACUGUGCGAGGCCCCAAAAUAAGUGAUUAUUUUGAUUUCCAGGGUGGGAAUGGGUCCAGUCCGGUGAGAGGCCUCCCACCAGUGAUUCGCUCACCUCAGAAUUCUCACUCUCACUCCGCUCAGGGCACUGCUUUGCAGGGUAGACAAAAUAGCUCAUCUCCCACCAGUUUGUCCUUUGGUGACCACAUGGCACAUCCAAAACAACUAGCGGUCAAAUUUGUUCAGACGGACCUCACAGUGUUGAAGUUGGCUGCCCUUGAAAGCACUAAAAAUCUAGACCUUGAGAAGAAGGAGGGGAGAAUAGAUGAUUUGUUACGGGCCAACUGUGAUCUCAGGAGACAGAUAGACGAACAGCAAAAAUUACUUGAAAAAUACAAGGAACGCUUGAAUAAAUGCAUCACCAUGAGCAAGAAACUACUCAUAGAAAAGAGCAACCAAGAGAAGCAGGCCUGUCGGGAGAAAAGCAUGCAGGAUCGGCUCCGUCUGGGCCAUUUCACCACAGUGAGACACGGAGCAUCGUUCACUGAACAGUGGACCGAUGGCUACGCCUUCCAAAACCUCGUAAAACAGCAGGAGUUGAUCAAUCAACAAAGGGAGGACAUUGAGAGGCAAAGAAAACUACUAGCCAAGAGGAAACCACCUUCGUCCAGCAACUCUCAAGCACCUGUGACAAACUCUGAGCCAAAGCAACGCAAAACCAAGGCAGUGAAUGGAGCAGAAAGUGAUCCUUUCCUGAAACCAAGCCUACCUCAGCUGCUAACGCUAGCUGAGUACCAUGAACAGGAGGAGAUCUUCAAACUGCGACUUGGACACCUCAAGAAGGAAGAAGCAGAGAUCCAGGCGGAGCUGGAGCGUCUGGAGAGGGUGCGCAACCUUCACAUUCGGGAACUGAAGAGAAUAAAUAAUGAAGACAGCUCACAAUUUAAAGAUCACCCUACAUUGAAUGAAAGAUAUCUGCUCUUGCACCUUCUCGGGAGAGGGGGAUUUAGUGAAGUUUAUAAGGCUUUUGACUUGAUUGAGCAAAGAUAUGCCGCUGUAAAAAUCCACCAACUCAACAAAAACUGGAGGGAGGAGAAAAAGGAGAACUACCACAAGCAUGCGUGUCGAGAGUAUAGAAUACACAAGGAGCUGGACCAUCCCAGAAUCGUGAAACUUUAUGACUACUUCUCACUGGACACAGACACGUUUUGCACUGUUAUGGAGUACUGCGAUGGCAACGACUUGGAUUUCUACUUGAAGCAGCACAAGCUCAUGUCAGAGAAGGAGGCUCGAUCCAUAGUUAUGCAGAUUGUGAACGCACUAAAAUACCUGAAUGACAUCAAACCCCCUAUCAUCCAUUAUGACCUUAAGCCAGGUAACAUCUUAUUAGUGGACGGGACAGCCUGUGGCGAAAUCAAAAUCACUGACUUUGGUUUGUCCAAAAUCAUGGAUGAUGACAACUAUGGUGUGGAUGGGAUGGACCUGACGUCGCAGGGUGCGGGGACAUAUUGGUACUUGCCUCCUGAAUGUUUUGUGGUUGGAAAAGAGCCUCCAAAGAUCUCCAACAAGGUGGAUGUGUGGUCUGUCGGUGUCAUCUUCUUCCAGUGUCUUUAUGGAAGGAAGCCCUUUGGCCACAAUCAGUCACAACAGGACAUCCUUCAGGAGAACACAAUACUCAAAGCUACCGACGUCCAAUUCCCCGUGAAGCCUGUUUCCAGUAAUGAAGCUAAGGCCUUUAUAAGGCGCUGCCUGGCAUACAGGAAGGAGGACCGCAUCGGCGUUCACCAGAUGGGAAGUGACCCCUACCUUCUCCCUCACAUACGGAGGUCUAGCUCCUCUGGGAAUCUUCAGAUGAAUGCAGCUGGCUCAGGAACAGCCUCCUCUAGCAUCAUCUCAUACUGACAGCCUGAUACUGUGACGCAGCCUGACCCAAGCGGACCCCCCCCACCAAUGCAGGGCGAGCAUCUCUGAGGCCAGCGGCCAGCAAGCAGCAGGAGGGAGUGGGGUGAGCAGAUCUCCAUUGCCUGGCCACCUCUGACUUCAUCAACAGACGGACAGUAAAGGAGUGGUGUUUAUUUUCUUUUUUUUUUUAAAUUAAGAAAGGACAUGGGCUUAUCAGCCGCUUUGAGGAGAUGACAAAAGCACUGAAACAGACUCCGUACCUUGAAGAAAAUGUGAGUGGACACUGUUCAAAUGUUGCAGAAGGAUAGAGCCUGAGGGAGACUGGGCAACCCGCUGUUAAUUAAGGUUUAAGGUUCACAUGUACAUGUUAGGCUUUAAUUUGAGUUUGUUAGCCAUGAGAAUGUAAUGUGUAGCAUACAAAGAGCAUCUAGUGUCAUGUAGGCCGGGGAAGCUUUCAGUACUUCCGUUUCAUGCACAAAAUAACCAAAUGUAGAAUUGUCAUAAAAUCCUAUGCAGGAAUAUUAAUACAGAUAACUUGGAAAAGUAUAUUCUGUACAGUUUCUCUUUUGGAUUUUGAAAUGCAGCAGUAACAUGUACAAAGCGUUAAAAUGUCCACUUGUUUAACAAAAAAAAAAAAAAAAGCCUUUUUGGGUGGAUUAGUUUUGCUGCUUUUGUUGCUCUUAUUUUUUCAAGGGCUGUAUAUUUCACUUCGGGUACACAUUGUAUAGUUCCACUAAGAGUGAAUAAUAAAUGACAGGAAUUGCCCUCUCCCCCCAAGUGAA